AUGUCUGGUACGGCAGGUUACGAGUUCAGCCACGACGUCAAGGCUCUUUCAACACUUGAGCGAAAGAGGAUCUCAGCAUUCGUCAAUGUGGCGCACUUUGAGCGAUAUCCCAUCAACUCGGAGCCAACGCUUGCAAGUGGCGACGAAAGGAACACAUCCCAGUCCUGCUCGAACAAAGCUCGCGCAGCCGAGAAACGAGCACGUUGCCAGAGCCAGAUACCAAAAGCUUGGGAACUGCCAGCGGCGCUCGUACAGAGCCUAGCACACCCGCUAGAGUCGUCAAAGAACAACCUUGUCGAGCUCAAUAUCCCACGCCGCUCCGGCCUGCUCACAGAGAAGGAACUCAACAUCACGGAAGCCCACGAUGUCCGGAGCCUCCUAAAAGCGCUGGCAUCUGGUGAACUCACCUCGCUCGAGGUGACGGUGGCAUUCUGCAAGAGGGCAGCUAUUGCUCAGCAGCUGACGUCCUGUCUCACCGAGAUAUUUUUUGGCCAGGCCCUUGAGCGAGCUCGGUACCUGGAUACCCUCAGGGAGAAGGGCGAAGUAGUCGGUCCCCUCCAUGGCCUGCCGAUCAGCCUUAAAGACAGCUUCCAGGUCCGUGGUACGGAUGCCACGCUUGGCUUGAUCGCUUACCUCGAUAAUGGCCCCUCUCAAGAGAACUCAGCCCUCAAUCCUUGGAAUACCAGCCUCACUGCUGGAGGAUCCAGCGGAGGGGAAGGUGCUCUGAUUGCUUUUCGGGGGUCGCCACUCGGUGUAGGGACUGAUGUCGCUGGAUCGAUUCGCAUUCCUGCUCUAUGCUGCGGGCUAUACGGAUUCCGACCGACUACAUCAAGAGUUCCGUACGGGAAUCAAGCCCCCAUCGCCAACCCGGGCCUGCGGACCAUUCUCUCCUCUGCCGGUCCUCUGGCAAACGACGUGGGUGCCCUGGAGAUCUUCUUGAAAUCGGUGAUUGGCUCUAGACCGGCCCUGUUGGACUCGACUGCGGUAGAUGUACCCUGGAGAAAUGUUGGCCCACCGCAGUCGAAGCUCCGGUUUGGCGUCCUGGCCGAAGAUCCCCUGCUGCCUUGGCAUCCUACCGUGAAGAAAGCUGUAUCUGAUACCGUGGAUACACUACGAUCGCAAGGACACGAGCUCGUGUGGUUGAGCGCCCAGGAAUGUCUUACUGCAGCAUGCUACGACGUGGCUACCCAAAUGUUCAGCCUUGACAAGACGUCAGCCGAGAUACUCGCGAAAGGCGGCGAGCCCCUGAUUCCGUCAUUAGUCUACAUUCGGGACGCCAUGAAAGAAGUUAAGUGGGACCGAAAUUUCCUGCCCGAUACAAGGACUACCAAGGACGGAUUGCAGAGACUUUCACUCCUGAAUAUCAAGAGAUUCGAGAUCCAGGACCUUUGGAAGAAGAUGUGGGUAGCUCAUGGGCUCGAUGCCGUUAUUGGUCCUGGAGCGCAGACCACUGCAGUUGAGCAUGACAUGUAUGCGUUGGCUCCGUAUACGUGUCUCUUCAGUUUCCUUGAUUACCCCGCGUGUGUCAUUCCUGUCGGCCGAGUCGAGAACCCAAGUCCAGCGGGAAGCCUCGUCAAGGCUCCAGGCCAGACUGUGCCACCAUACAAUCCAGCGAAUCUGGAGGGUGCUCCUACAGCCAUUCAGAUCAUCACUACCACGAUGCGUGACGAAGAGUGCCUGGAGAUCGCCAAGCUCAUUGACACAUACGUGAAAGCCGAAAGCCGGAACGGCGCACCUAAGCUUUAG